AUGGCGGUGUGGCAUGCUUCUGCGCUCACGGCGCUCGCUGCGGUGCUGCUCCUCUCUAGCGCGGUGCUGGCCGGCAACUAUACACUUCAAGAAGAGAUCACGGGACGCGGCUUCUUGGACCGCUUCUGGUUCUGGACGCACGCGGAUCCAACGCAUGGCAGUGUCGACUACGUGGAUGAGUUCACCGCUGUCUCCAACGGCCUGGCUACGGUUGACUCGGCGGGUCGUUUUGUGAUUCGCGCCGACAACACCACCGUGGUGCCCUACGGACAGUACCGAAAGAGCGUGCGCAUGCACAGCAAGCGCCUGAUGGGCGAUGGUAUCCUCGUGGGCAAGUUUUCGUUCAUGCCGCAGGGUUGUGGGACAUGGCCUGCCUUCUGGACGUGCACCAAUGGCAACUGGCCAUCGGGGGGAGAGAUCGACAUCAUCGAAGGAGCCAACGAUCAAGGGCCACGCAACUUGGCCAGCUUGCAUACCCAAUACGGAUGUACAAUCCCAGCGGGCUAUCGAUCCGAUCAGAGCGGAUUCAGUGGAGCAACGGACUGCGCCUACCAACCCGGCUGUUCUUCGUCGUUUGUCGCCAACAGCUCGUACGGCCCGGAUUUCAACAAGAACGGCGGAGGCUACUUUGCCAUGCGUCGCGAGACCCGACCUGGCGAUCCAGGAAUCGGUGUCUACUUUUGGCCCAUGAGCACUUCUCCGUCGUCACUGCCUGCAGCGGUAGCCGCGAUCGCAGAUGGUGUCUCGGCGCCCAAGUACGUCGUCACCAACCGCAAUGCUACGGGCAACGACCGAACGGAGCUCAACAAGUGGGGAGUGCCGUCAGCCUUCUUUCCCAACGUACUCAACUCGUCCGCCUCGCCCGCAGUGCUGGCCGCGGGCAGCGCUGACGUCUGUCAGAUGGCCAGCUACUUUGACCAGCACGAGAUCAUCAUCAACCUGUCGCUGUGCGGCGACUGGGCGGGCGAGACAUUUGGUCCGAGUGGCUGCGCGGUGCGGAACGGCAUGAGCUGCACCGAGUUCGUCCGUGCUAGUCCGAGCGCGUUUACGGAUGCUAGGUGGGAGAUCGACUACAUGAGGGUCUACGACAACGGCUCUGCGCUCAGUGGGCGACCUGCGCGCUUGCUGUCUGUGACACUGGCAUUCGCAGUUGUAGGGUAUCUGUUGCUAUAG